GAAGAUUUCAGAGGAUGUUUUUGGUUUAAUGUUUAAAGAUUAUCUCAGGGAUAUAAUUUCAGGGGUUCAUCCAACCUUCAUGGCUCCAGGAUGUCUGGAGUCCAUGAGAAUUUGAAAUUCCGUUCUACAUUUCCCACUUUCAUCAGGAUUCUUCUAUGGAAUCUUUGAUCGAAGUGUUCAGUGAUUGUAGCCAGGCACUAUCCAGUUUUUCUGGUCUCAUGGCAAGGGAAGCAGUAGUUCAUGGAAGCAGUUAGCCACAUAUUCCAUAUCUUCCUCCUAUUCCUGACUUUCCUUUCUUUGUUACUCCAGGUGAAUAGAGACCAAUCGUUGUGCUUUGGAGCCACUUGCAAGCUUUUAAGAUCCUAGGCACUACGGAUCGAACUAGGUACCAAACAUGUUAUUAGUCAAAUCGACUGGGAUAGCCCAUGAAAGCAUGACCCUAAACCUCCAAACCAAGGACCGAAUCCCAUGAGGUAUUUGGUUGUACAUAAGUGGCUUCAGCAGCCCUUUGUUUUUGUCACUGUUGUGAAUAUAUCUCUCACACAACUUUUGCCAAUUUAACAUUUUACAGAUGUAUAACUUAUUGGCAGCAAUUACAUUUUUCGGCUGUUCAACCCUACCCUUAAUGUAAUUUUUCCAUCACCGUUAACCCCCUUUCUCCCCCCUCCCUCCCUCCUGUGGUAACCACUAAUAAACCUUGUUCCCUAUACAUUUUUCUUGGCUUUUUAUAUUGUUCUUCUUGCUAGGUGCUGUUGAGUCGGUUCCGACUUAUAGCGACCCUGUGCACAACAGAACGAAACACUGCCUGGUCCUGAGCCAUGCUCACAAUCGUUGUUAUGCUUGAGCUCAUUGUUACAGCCACUGUGCCGAUCCACUUCGCUGAGGGUCUUCCUCUUUUCCGCUGACCCUGUACUCUGCCAAGCACGAUGUCCUUCUCCAGGGACUGAUCCCUCCUGACAACAUGUCCAAAAUCCCAGAGUCAUUAAGACAUGCUACAUGGCAGAGAUUGGGGAAAGACAAUUCAAGGCAGUUAUUAGAUACUACAAAGGCUCUCCAGGCAUGGCCACUGAUAGAAAAGAGGACAUGUUGGCAUGGUCAUGCAGGAGGAGGACUCCACACAGACCCAAAAGAAGGGCUAAAAGAUGUUGAUACUCGGAAAAUCAUAAAAGCAAUGCUUUCUUACGUGUGGCCCAAGGACAGGCCUGAUCUACGAGCUAGAGUUGCCAUUUCCCUGGGAUUUUUGGGUGGCGCAAAGGCCAUGAAUAUUGUGGUUCCCUUCAUGUUUAAAUAUGCCGUAGACAGCCUCAACCAGAUGUCGGGAAAUAUGCUGAACCUGAGUGAUGCUCCAAAUACAGUUGCAACCAUGGCAACAGCAGUUCUGAUUGGCUAUGGUGUAUCAAGAGCUGGAGCUGCCUUUUUUAAUGAAGUUCGAAAUGCAGUAUUUGGCAAGGUAGCCCAAAAUUCAAUUCGAAGAAUAGCCAAAAAUGUCUUUCUCCAUCUUCACAACCUGGAUCUGGGUUUCCACCUGAGCAGACAAACAGGAGCUUUAUCUAAGGCUAUUGACAGAGGAACAAGGGGUAUCAGUUUUGUCCUGAGUGCUUUAGUAUUUAAUCUUCUUCCCAUCAUGUUUGAGGUGACUCUUGUCUGUGGUGUUUUGUAUUAUAAGUGUGGUGCCCAGUUUGCAUUGGUAACCCUUGGAACACUUGGUGCAUACACAGCAUUCACAGUUGCAAUCACACGGUGGAGAACUAGAUUUAGAAUAGAAAUGAACAAAGCGGAUAAUGAUGCAGGUAAUGCUGCCAUAGACUCACUGCUGAAUUAUGAAACUGUGAAGUAUUUUAAUAAUGAAAAAUAUGAAGCACAGAGGUAUGAUGGAUUUUUGAAGACAUACGAGACUGCUUCAUUGAAAAGUACCUCUACUCUGGCUAUGCUGAACUUUGGUCAAAGUGCUAUUUUCAGUAUUGGUUUAACGGCUAUAAUGGUGCUCGCCAGUCAGGGAAUUGUGGCAGGUACCCUUACCGUUGGAGAUCUAGUAAUGGUGAAUGGGCUGCUUUUUCAGCUUUCACUACCCCUUAACUUUCUGGGAACUGUAUAUAGAGAGACUAGACAAGCACUCAUCGAUAUGAACACCUUAUUUACUCUACUCAAGGUAGACACCCGAAUUAAAGACAAAGUACUGGCACCUGCCCUUCAGAUCACACCACAGACAGCUAUGGUGGCCUUUGAUAAUGUGCAUUUUGAAUACAUUGAGGGACAGAAAGUCCUCAGUGGAAUAUCUUUUGAAGUCCCUGCAGGAAAGAAAGUGGCCAUUGUAGGAGGUAGUGGGUCAGGGAAGAGCACAAUAGUGAGACUGCUAUUUCGCUUCUAUGAACCUCAAAAGGGUAGCAUUUACCUUGCUGGUCAAAAUAUACAAGAUGUGAGCCUGGAAAGCCUUCGGAGGGCAGUAGGAGUGGUACCUCAGGAUGCUGUCCUCUUCCAUAAUACCAUUUACUACAACCUCUUAUAUGGGAACAUCAGUGCUUCACCUGAAGAAGUAUACACAGUGGCAAAAUUAGCUGGACUCCAUGAUGCAAUUCUUCGAAUGCCACAUGGAUAUGACACUCAAGUAGGGGAACGAGGACUCAAGCUUUCAGGAGGAGAAAAGCAAAGAGUAGCAAUUGCAAGGGCCAUUUUGAAGGACCCCCCAGUCAUUCUCUAUGAUGAAGCCACUUCAUCAUUAGAUUCAAUUACUGAAGAGACCAUUCUUGGUGCCAUGAGGGAUGUAGUCAGACACAGAACAUCUAUUUUCAUAGCACAUAGAUUGUCAACAGUGGUUGAUGCAGAUGAAAUCAUUGUCCUGGACCAGGGUAAGGUAGCUGAACGUGGUACCCACCAUGGUUUGCUUGCUAACUCUGGCAGUAUUUAUUCAGAAAUGUGGCAUACACAGAGCAGUCGUGUGCAGAACUACGAUAACCCCAAAUGGGAUGCAAAGAAAGAAAAUAUGUCCAAAGAGGAAGAAAGGAAGAAACUACAAGAAGAAAUUGUUAACAGUGUGAAAGGCUGUGGAAACUGUUCUUGCUAAGUCACAUGAAACAACUUUUCUUUCUUUCUUUUUGACUAUACAUUUGCACUGAAGCAGAAUUGUUUUAUUUUAAAAAAUCAUACAUUCCCAUUUUCUGUAAUCCUUCUUUUAGAUAAGAUUUAUUUAAAAAGGGAUUUUAGUUUUACGUAUUUCCUAAUCUAUUAAAUGUGUUAUCUAUAUUUAUCCCCAAAAUAUUUUCUUAUUACUGUCCUAGUUGUGCUCAAAGAAUGAUUUUUGUUACCAUUUGAUUUUACCCUAUUUCCAUUUUUGAGGCCCAGCGUCCAUUUGAUAGCCAUCACCAGAUGAAUCAGAUUGGUUUCCAAAUGUUUGUAUAGUUUUUAAAAUCUCCUUUAUUCUGACAAUUUAGAUGGCAAGUGUCUGUUUCUUAAAAUUAAAAAGAGAAAGAAACAAAGGACAGUGUAGUUUUGUUUCUUCUCCUUCCCAGUUGAAAUACUUCAGUGAUAUGGAAAUGAAUUUGUAAGCACAUUUAAACUUGUCAGAAAUAGACACACAUUUAAUUCAGAUGUUUUACUUGAUAAAUAUCUAUACUUAAAUUUUUUGAAAGUUUUUGUGAUUACAUACCAUUUUGUGGAAAAACUUUAAUUCUUAUAUUGGCAUGUAGAAUAUUCUUCAUCAUUAACCAGCACCAAAGCUGUCAUCUAGUAACUGGAAUUUUUUUUCCUACUAAAAUGAGAUACUGCUUUUGUUUUUGACCAAAAUGUGUAAGUUUUCUAAUAAGACUUACAAUCCCUGAUGUAACUUGAAAGUUGCUACACUUGGGAAUGAUCUAAAAAGCUUAGGAACUUAAUGGCAUUUUCCAUUUCCAUCUUAAAUGCACUGCUUUUGUUAUCUGAAAUUAUACAGAGAAACAACUAAAGGGGAUGUGUGCAUACAUACACGUGUGUGUGCACAUGCUCACAUGUGUAUAAAACAACAUUGACUUAGUAAUAAAAGACCUUUAGGGAAAUAGGGGAGGCUUACAAAUCUUUGUUGACACUUCAGAAUUACUUGAUUAUCAGGUUUUCUUUUCCUUUUUCAGUACUUUGAUGAGUUCCUUUAAGCUUGACGUUAGUAGCAAGGAAGAAUCCAAACAAUAUAAUCAAGUUUUACCUGCUAGAAAUAAUUAAUAUAAUGUUGGUUUUUGGUUUUGGUAUGUGUUAACUUAGUAAUCUCCUCUUUUCCAGUUUUAAUUUGCUUUGUUUGAUAGAAUCAUUCAGUCUGAAAAACUUGUGUAUCUCAUGAAUGGCCACAUAGUUGUUGUUGUGUGUUGUCGAUUCCAACUCAUAGCAACCCUAUAGGUCAGAGUAGAACUGCCCCAUAGGAUUUCUUAGGCUGUAAUCUCUACAAGAGCAGAUUGCCAGGUCUUUUCUUCUGUGAAGCAGCUGUUGGGUUCAAACUGCCGAUCUUUCGGUUAGCAACUGAGCACUUACCAUUGUGCCAUCAGGGCUCCUACAUAGCCACAUAUAAUAAGGUUUUAUUUUCUCAGAAAAGGUCCUAAGGUAUUUAUUUUGUUGAUUUGUGAUUUUAAUGUGUUUUAAAUAAUAAUUUGGUAUGGAAAAGACUAAUAUAUUUGUGUUUUGUUUUGUAUUGCUGUGAUUGGUGGGUGGAUAUCUAAACUUACCUAACAUGGGUGUCCAGUUUUGUUAGAUAUAAAAACAAGUCUUGGUAAGUAACCAGAAGCCAGUAUUUCAUAGUCUUGGAUGUCAGAAUAUUUGGCACAGGAUAGAUCUUGAUUUUGAAGUUGGAGUUAACACUGAGGUGCAUAAUCAACGGCAAAAUGUUUUUUUUUUGACAUUACUCUGAAUCCAUAACCAUUAUUAUUAUUAGACAAAAGUACUUCCUUUGACUAAAUAAGCUGCAUUACUGGAAAUGUGGUUAAAGUCUAGUUAGAAAUUUUGCAUUUCUUUUAAUUCCUUCUAUAUAUUUCCAAAUAUGCUGACAAAAAUAAUUUAUCUUAAUUGUAUAAUCAAGCUACUAGUAUUGAAUUAACCCUUAGUAAUAUUCAUUUUGAAAUGUAAAUAGCAGCGUUGAAAGAAAGUGAUUCAGUGAUACGGAGAACAUUUAGUCAAGGAAGAGUAGGAAUGUUUUAGGAUGGCAAUUUCCCCACUAAGAGAUUUGAAGCUAUUUUCUUUUCAUAUAAUUGGAGGUGAUCCCUAGGCCACUGGGUCAUGGUGGUCAUUAAGCAGUAUUUUUAACUAAUAAAAAAUAAUUAGAAUAUAGAAAAGGAAGCAACACUUUGAAAUUCAUUUUGUGAAGCCAGCAUAACCCUGAUACCAAAACCAGACAAAGACACAAUUACAGACCAGUAUCUUUCAUGAAUAUAGAUGCAAAAAAUUCUCAACAAAAUUCUAGCGAAUAGAAUUCAGCAUCAUACCAAAAAAAUAAUGCACAACAACCAAGUAGGAUUCAUACCAGGUGUGCAAGGGUGAUUCAACAUUAGAAAAUAAACCAACGUAAUCCACCACAUAAAUAAAAGGAAAGAAUCACAUGAUCAUCUCAGUCAAUCCAGAAAAGGCAUUCAACAAAGUCCAACACCCAUUCCUGAUAAAAACUCUCAAUAAAAUAGGUGUCGAAGGAAAAUUUCUCAACAUAAUAAAGGGCAUCCUUGCAAAACCAGUGUCCGACAUAGUUCUUAAUGGAGGCUGAAAACAUUACCUUUGAGAACAAGAACAAGACAAGGAUGCCAUUUAUCACCACACCUAUUUAACAUUGUCCUGAAAAUCCUAGCUAGAGCAAUACAGGAAGAAAAAGAAACAAAGGACAUCUGUAUUUGUAAUAAAGAAGUAGAAGUAUCCCUCUUUGUGGAUGAUAUGAUACUAUACACAGAAAACCCAAAAGACUCCAUGAGACAACUACUCGAACUAAUAGAUUCAACAGAGUAGCAGAAUACAAAGUAAACAUACAAAAAUCGGUUGGAUUCCUA